AUGGAUGAUAAAACAUGUGACUUACUUAGCGAAGUUGAUGAAAAUUUUAACAAUAAAGGUGUCAAUGUGCGCAGGUUUAAUAGAUUCACGAAAUGCCAUUCUUAUUGUCCUUAUGGAAAUAUAUGCACAAAUGACUAUGAAAGAGUUAACGCUUUGGGAUCAUAUUUAUUUAACGAAAUUAUGAAAAUUGGUAAAGCUUUUAAUUGGUCAGAUGGUGACAAACGGCAUAUUGAGGUUUUUAUGAUAUGGAUGGGAGAUAAAUUAUUUAGGAUAAAUAACGAUUAUAAAGAAACUCUGGAAGAAUCUUAUAAAAAUAAUUUAGAAAACAUUAUGGGAAAUGUUAAUUAUUGGGAAACUAUUAGUAAAAAACUUUAUAAGGAUGCUACUAUUAAGAAAAUGAGCGAAUUUUAUAGCUUACUUAAUUAUAUAUGUAAACUAAUUACUGAAUACAAUAAAAAUCCUUAUAACAAGAAUCUUGGAAGGUAUUCCUCUCAAUGUAAUAACUAUUAUAAAACUAUUCAUAAAUCUACUAACGAAUGUGGGCCAUAUCUAAAAUUAUUGGAUAGUUUAAAAAUGAUAUAUGAAAUUUUUAGAAUGCAAAAAAUUUCUAAUAAUUAUAGUAUUAAGGCAACCGAAAAGAAAUUAAUACUUAAUCGUGUUAAAUCUCUCGAAACGUUUAAAGGUGAAAACCGAUAUUUAUUGACUGUUAACGCAAGACCUAGCUUUGAUGAUAAAGAGUGUAAAGUAGUGAAAUCGAAUGAUGAGGAAGUUGGAAAAAAAAUUGCAUUACAAAAAUCACAAGAUCCUGGAAAACAUAAAAAAUCCGACAAAGGACCACAGACUCGAGCUUCCGAGAAUCCACAACGUAGAAAUCCAGGAUCACCACAUCUAAAACCACCACCAGCACCACGCUCACAACCAAAACUAGAAGCAAAACAACAAGGAUCACAAUCACAAGGACAACCAAUAGCACCUGUAAAGCCACCAGUCCCCAAACCACCAGAACAACCAGAUGCACAAACACCAGGCAAAAAAUCAAUACAACCACAACCGCAAUCACCAACAUCAUCACAAAAGAAAGAACAAUCAUCACCACCAGGACCGAUUUCAAAAAAUGAUCCUUCAUUGCAAACAUCUAAAAAAUCAGAACCAACCCAUCAAAGUGGAACAAAGGAUUCAGGCAGUACUAAAGGAAGUAAAGGUAGCGGAGCCAAUGCAUUAGGAGGUGGAACCAGUCAACCAGGAAAUUCAGAGGGAAAACCAAAAGAUGAUCCACAAAAGAAAACAGACCAGGUGGACAACUCUUCACUAGGACCCAAAGGAUCAAGUCAAUCAACGGGGGUGAGAAAUCAAGGUACUGGAACAGAUAGUGGAGCAGAUGGUCAAGGAAAAUCAUCUGAUGGAACAGGUGGUGGGACAGAUGGUCAUGCAGAUAAAGAUAGUCAAGGAGGUUCAGGAAAUCAAAAAAAACUAUCCGGGAAAUCACCAGAUGGAAAUUCAGUACCUGGACAACCAGAAACUGCGCCAUCUGGAACAAGCACAACACCAUCACCCGUAUCACAACCACCAUCAGUACCUCCAAUACCAUCAGCACCACCACAACAACCAAAUUCACAGAAACCAGGUCGACCACCAGAAAUACCAUCGAAAUCACAAACACAACAAAAACCAGGACAAUCCCCUUCACAAGACGAUGCUCCAUUACAAACACCUCAAACAGGAGGUUCAAGUAGUGGAAAUGAAAAUCCUGGUGGUGGACCAAGUGAUCCCGUAUCAAAUACGUCAGGGGGAUCUUUUGAUUUGGGAUCAUCAAUUCUUAAAUUUCUAUUAAAUGGAACGGACAAAUUGAAUAAAACUUCCCAAUUUAUUCAACAAAACCAGAAAAUGUUUAAAGAUGCUAAGGAUAAAAUCAGUGGUGCAUAUAAUGACACUGUGGAAAAUUUAAAAAAUGUUUACAAUGUAUCUAGUAGUCAUUUUAAUAAUAUUAUUAAUAAUAUAACUAGCCAUCUUAAUCAAGUUGGAACUCCUCCUAAAUCAAGUGAUAAACAGUCUGGCCCAGGAAGUCCAAUAGAUGGUGGGAAUAAAUUGAAUCAGUCACCAUCAAAUUCACAACAAAAUCCACCACCACCUCCUCCACAACAGCCUCCACCACCAACACCACCACAACUUCCUUCGCCGCCAAUUCCAACGCCAAUUACAUUACCAGACCCACUAAAAGGUUCGCCACAACAAAAACAACCAUCUUCCCAAUCGCAAACUAUCACACAGCACCCCCCACAAGUCCCAGUUAAAGUCAAUCAACCUAAUCACAAAACAGUUGUUCAAUUUGUAAAAUCACUAAGUUCUGACCUAAUUUUGAAAAAACCGUGGAAUAUAUUUCCAACGACAUGGAAUGGAUCAGGGGACUGUAAACCUGAAGUAAAUUUUAUGAAUACCACAUUAGUGUGUUGUACAUCUGAACAGUGUAGUUUAACUGGAAUUACAGUUACACUUGUUUUAAUACCCAUUAUUUUAUUAAUUGCAUAUAAGUAUUUAUCAUUUGGAUCAUCAAAAAAAUCAGAAAAAAAAAACAUGAAGAAAGUUAUAAAUUUUCAUGAUGGAAAAAGAAAGACAAAAAUAAUUAUAAGUUCAAAUGAUAGGAGCAAAGACCUAAAACCUGUUAUAAAUUCAAUUGGUGGAAAAAAGGAUUCAUUAUUAAAUAUAUACAAGAUUAUACAGGCCGAUCCUAUGCCAUUUAUUAAUUUGUUUUUUUUGUUGAUUUUUUUUGUCUAUAAAAGAAAACGAGACACCAUAGAAUGA